AUACACGAUAUUUUACAUUCUCUCAUGACAAAAUUGGUAUUGAUAAAUUAUUUUGCCAGGAAAAAAGAACGUUUUUCCGAGAGAUAUGGAAGACAUUGGAUACAAAAAACAAAUCUUUGCAGCGGCAUCUUGAUAGAGACAGACGAUUUGCAGUUGGAUUUCAUGACAGUAAAAGUAUUGAAAAAAUUAAGCUUUCAAUAGCUGAUGUUGUGCAAGGACUUGAUCACUGGGGGGAAGAACUUCCACGCUCUUGGGUUAUGUUUGAAAAGUAUUUCCAGGAAAAGAAGUCUCUGAGGGUAAUGAAUAUAGAAUCACUUUUGGCUUUCAAUGAAGCAUUGCCACAGGAAAUAAAGCUCCAAACUAUCGAGGACAUCAGUGUGAUGCUGCAGUUUUUUCAUGACAUAAGAGAAAUAUUAUAUUACAACCAAGAAUUCCUCAAUAAACUAAUUAUUCUUGAUCUUCAGUGGUUAGCAGAUGCAUUCAAAAAUGUUAUAACUGAUAAAAACCAUGCUGAGGAGGAUUUACUUGAAGAUGCAUCAGAGUGGGACAAAUUCAAUGAAACUGGAGAAUUGAGUGUUGAAUUAUUGUCAGCUAUCUGGAAAAUGAACAAUAAUGGCUAUAUUGAACAUAAAGAUGAGAUUAUGCCAUACAUGGAGAAGCUAGGACUUUUAGCUAGUAUGGAUGACCAAUUUCAGAAAUGGUAUGUUCCCUGUAUGAACAAAAUUCCAUUUCAUACUGGUAGCUUUACAGAUUACCCUGCUUCAUCCAUCAUCUGCUACAUGUUUGAUGUUCUUCCUUCCGGAAUCUUUCAACGCCUUGUAGCGACAUGCAUGCAGAUUCCUUGGGAGAUCUUUUCUGAUGGAGAUCGAGGAUGCAUUUACCAGACUGCUGCUGUUUUCGUGCUUCAAGACCAGCACCAUAACAUUCUGCUUGGAAUGACCGAAACAGAAAUUCAAUUGCAAGUUUUUGUUACGGAUGGAGAAGUUGAUAUUGCUACAUGUCAACAGAUAAAAGAAACAAUUGAUAAUAUUUUAUGCAACCUUUCCAACACAUUCCAGAAAAACGUAAAAUUCCACGUUGCCUUCAAAUGCAAACCUGUUGGAUUUUGUGAUAGUGAAAAAAGUGCUGUCAUUAUUGAUUCCAAGUUUACAAGGGCAGAUUUCCAGUGUCCGUCCUGUCCGGCAAGAAGAAAGCAUAAAAUUAUCAGCAAAGAUAUUACAAAAUAUUGGAAAAAGGAACAGCAGCAAAAGAAUGUCGACAAAGAAGGAAAUCUCACCAGACCAUCAACAGAAUUCAUUUUGAAUGUGGUGUCAAGAAAACUACAUGGAAUUCCCUCAUCUAUACUUGCUGCUAGUUUGGGGGUAGACAUGGAAGAAAACUCGCCAAUAUGUAUUGAAGAAGAUAGAUUUAGAAUUCUGUAUAAAUGGAAAUGCAAAUGUUCAUCCAAUAUGGAUCACUUAAAAGAACUGGUGAAAAUUUUAAGGGAAAAUGAACAAGGUGAAGCAGCAGAUUAUCAUAAGUAUAUCGAACAGAUUGAGGCAAAUGCAACGAAAAUUGAGGAUAGAAUAUAUAGAGCUCUCUUAAAAACAAAAGAAGAAUGUCCAAAUUUAUGUCGUCUAGACAUAUGCAGGGCGCUAAAAUUUAUAGAAAGAAAUGAUGUCAUCGACGAAUUAAAUGCUCAGUGGGAAUCUUAA